AUGGGAGGAUUGGGGCUUCAUAGUCUUAAAGAUAUUAAUACGGCGUUGCUCUCGAAGUGGGGAUGGAGGUACAAAACCGAGAGGGAUAAUCUUUGGGUGGGGGUGAUAAGUGCUAUUCAUUCCGGUGGUUCUAAUUGGGAUUUUGUUCCGUUAAAAAAAUCGCUCGGCGACGUUUGGUGCAAUAUUGUGGCAACUAUCAAGCGCCCCAUUUUGGAUGGUUCUUCGAUUUGUAACCUAUUCAAAGGAGUGGUUAGAGGGGAUGGCUUGUGGCUUUGGCGACAUGAUCCGGUCACUACGUCAGAAAGAACAGAAUGGAACUCUCUCAUCUCGGCGUUGGAUGCGGUUAAUCUUUCUAUUGGUGCCGACAAGUGGCUUUGGGUGGGUAAUGGGUCGGAGUGUUUCUCUGUCAAGGCUGUUAAGAAGAUCAUUGAUUUGAAGAAUGACUAUAGUAGUCGGUACGUGAUGGAUUGGUGCAAGUGGGUUCCGCUUAAAUGCAACAUUUUGGUUUGGCGCGCAGAAAUGGAUAGAAUCCCGACUGUGGAGGCGCUAGUUAGGAGGGGAAUGCCGAUCUCCGACGGUGAGUGCAAGUAUUGCGAGGUUGGUCCUGAUUCGGUGGUUCAUCUCUUCACAACUUAUCCCUUGGCGUUGGGAUUGUGGGAGAAAAUUAGCUUGUGGUGUCGGGUCAUGAAUUUUUAUGUCUUUUCUUUCCGAGACCUUUUAGAAAUUCAAGAACAAGGUAGAAGAAGGGUGUCAGAAAGAAAGGCGUUGCAUGGGAUUACCAUAGCUGCUUGUUGGUUCUUAUGGAAGGCCAGAAAUAAUCUUAGGUUUAACGGAAAGAGGAGUAAUGGCGAAGAGGUUGGAUUCUAUGAUUUAUAG